AUGCGGCUAACAGCCGCGCCUAUCCCACUACCCCAUCUGCCUUCCCUCAACCCAUCUACCAGACUCAGGGGGGCCCAGGACUAUGUCGACCCUUCCAACCCUGCAUAUGCUCCCGGAUAUUUCAUGGCCAACCACUAUCCGCCCCAGGCCCAGCCUCAGUAUGCUCAACAGCAACAAUACGCGCAGCAACAGCAACAGGCUCUGCAGUCCCCGCAGGCUGCCUUCCAGAACCGCGUGGGAUAUGCCAAUGAUGGUACAAAUGGGUUGAUCCAGCAGUUCUCCAACCAGGAUCUUAACGCCAACCGUGGAGGAUUCUUCGGUCGCGCAAACUCCCCCGCUCAGCGCCCUCGGACCGCUGGUGGCUCUCCGGCUCAGGGCCAGGCCCAGGCUGCGCACUUAGCCCCUCCAGUCCCUCGCAGUCCUCGCCCACCGGCGGAGAAUGAGGAGCUGCAGCGCUUCCCCGACCGUUAUUCUGAAAAUGUGCACAAGCGGGGUAAAGCAGCCAAGGAAUUGGUGACAGUCUUCUUUCACGAAAACAUUGAACGUGCCCGCGAUCGUAACAUGCGUUCCGUCGAUCUCGAUAAGACUCUUCGGGACCCCAGUGUUGUCGCCGACAAGAAGCGCCAGGAUGCUGAAGUGAUCUCAAAGAGAGAAUCCGACUUCCUUCGAUUCCUCCGAACGAAGGAAACCCCACAAAACUUCCAAACGAUUAAAAUUAUUGGAAAGGGUGCUUUCGGUGAAGUCAAACUGGUGCAGCGGAAGACCGAUGGCAAGAUCUAUGCUCUCAAGUCUUUGAUUAAGACAGAGAUGUUCAAGAAGGAUCAGCUUGCCCAUGUUCGUGCUGAGCGUGAUAUUCUGGCAGACUCGAAGGAUAACCCUUGGUUGGUCAAGCUGCAUGCCUCAUUCCAGGACUCGGCUUAUCUUUACCUGCUCAUGGAAUUCUUGCCUGGUGGUGAUUUAAUGACAAUGCUCAUUAAAUAUGAGAUUUUCUCGGAAGACAUCACUCGCUUCUACAUGGCUGAGGUUGUCAUGGCCAUUGAAGCGGUUCACAAGCUUGGCUUCCUUCACCGUGACAUCAAGCCAGAUAACAUUCUCCUUGACCGUGGUGGUCACGUCAAGCUCACUGAUUUCGGUCUUUCAACAGGCGGUAAGAAAACACACGACAAUGCCUAUUACCAGAACCUUCUCAAGAACUCCACAUCAAAGGAUCGGAACCGUAACUCCGGUUACUUCAACGAUGCUAUCAACUUGACUGUCUCGAACCGUGGCCAGAUCAACACUUGGCGUAAAUCCCGCCGUGCCAUGGCGUACUCAACAGUCGGCACUCCCGACUAUAUUGCCCCCGAAAUUUUCAACGGCCAAGGUUACACAUACCUGUGCGAUUGGUGGUCCGUUGGUGCUAUCAUGUUCGAGUGUCUUGUGGGCUGGCCUCCCUUCUGUGCUGAGGACACUAACGAUACUUACCGUAAGAUUGUGAAUUGGCGCGAAUGUCUUUACUUCCCUGAUGAGCUGGUUCUCUCGCGUGAGUCUGAGUCAUUGAUUCGGAGCUUCUUGUGUGAUCCUGAGCAUCGUAUUGGAAGUGAAGGUGGACAGCAUGGUGGCGCUACUCAGAUCAAGAAUCAUCCCUUCUUCCGGGGUGUGGUUUGGGAGCAACUGAGGAGCAUUCGUGCUCCCUUCGAGCCCCGUCUGAGCUCGAACAUUGAUGUGUCUUAUUUCCCUAUCGAUGAGAUUCCUCAGGAGGAUACGAGCGCCAUCCAUCGUGCUCAGGCUCGUGCCAUGCCGGAAUCCCAGGAAGCCGAGAUGAGUUUGCCUUUCAUCGGUUACACCUACAAAGCUUUCAACGCUUUCCAGGGCAGUUAG